GAACGGUACGUACUACUGUACUUCGUGUCAAAAAAGAGAGGAGAAAAUGAAAGGCUGAUUCAAAAUACUACUGAAUUUUUCCAGUGUGAAGAUCAACCAAGGAAAUUGAUUCACAGAAAGUAGAAGUGCAUUGAAUCUAUUUAACUACAAUGUGGCAACACAAAUGGGCCCUCUGGAGCGGUUUUCUGGGGGCUUCUGCCUCUUGCUUUGUAAAGAUGGGGACGGGUGGCAUCGACUCCUCUCCAUUGCUUCGAUUUGUCCAAACCCAUCUUUCCAAUAAUGUCGGAGUGAAAUCAUGGUUAACCGACCUGGACGAGAAUUUGCUUCGAAGCAUUCACUUUGUGUUAGGAGAACUCAUGAUUAAGCAUCGAAUCAAUCUCAUGUUGUACUGGAAAAUGAUUCGAACGAACCUCAUCGAAGAGUUUGCAAUCCGUUUGUAUUUGUUCGAAGUUGAUUAUUGCGAACUCUGCAUUAUGCUACCGAUCCGAAUUACAUGCAUCGUCGCCAUGAUUAUUACGAAUGCCUACAUGAUUGCCAGCUUUUUAAGGGGGAUGAAAGAAUCAGGAAGCGUUGCUGGGACAUCCCUAUCGACAGCGUCUAAUUUCGCCAGCAGUGCCAUGUAUGGAAAACUACUCUGGGACGAGUCGAUGAACGGGAAAUGGUGUGUAGGAUUUACUUGUGUACUGGGAGGCGUAAUAAUCCUCUCUAGCGUGACGACGACUGAAUUCAGCAAUCAGAUCAAUAAUGAACAAGGUGCUGAUGUUGUCGUUAGAAGGGAAAUCACCAAGACCCGUUCUCCCAAAAGAACGAUAGCAAAGAAAACGCCUCCGCCACCCUUGACUAUUUUUACAAAAGCAAAUAUUCAUCCGCCAGCUGUCGAGAACGUCAUCACCAGCAGCAAAGUAGCAUCCGUCAGGUCUUCCUUUUCGCCAAAAAUAGAUUCCUCAUCAAAGGAAGUGGGUCCAACAGUGACACCCUCACCACGGCAAGCCUCUACACCAACGUUUUCCAAAACUGUAACUUCGAAACCUUCUUCCUCAGGAAAAACACCGAGACUGAAAGAAAAGAAAAUAUUAAAACCAGAAUCUGCCUUGAAGCAAUUUUACAACUUUCGCGAUAAAUCGUCCCCUUCUUCACAAAACCUGAUCAGUCGAAGCUUUGUCAAUGAAUGUGCCUUAUGCGAGGGUAUUCUGUUCGACGAAACAACUGGUGAAUCAAGGGAUGCGAUUGCCGACUUGUCCACCAACACGUGCUUUCAUUUGUUCCAUGCCAAAUGCCUCAAACAAGCUAGUAAAUCGUUCGGCCAUGGUUGUCCAAUUUGUAAGACGCCACUAGCAAUGUGGACAUCUUCCAAACAGGCCGCUCAGUUCCCUGGAUUUUGGCUGGAACGUGUCGAGAACUACCUCCUGACCAUAGAUACUGCACCAAAGAAUGAUAUGACUGGAAAAGAUGUGUGCCUACCGGCAUCGAAGAUUCGAGAUCAUUUCAAGGAGAAAGGUGACUUGACGGAAGCUCAAAAGUUGUACAUCGAAGAUGAUCCCUCGGGUUUGGAUAAAGGUCUGCAGGCCGCAUUGGAAUGGUGAGUUGGAAGAUCCUUACAGCUCCGAAAUAAAUUUAAAAGCAGCUGCCGACAAAGAGGAAUUGGGAACUCGCCAAUCCGUAAAGCAAUUGUACAUCGAUUUAGUCCACUAAUUGGAAGAAGAAAAGAAACACGGGAGUAUCCUUCGUUUGUGCUUUGCUGAUAUUCUUUUUCUUUUUGUUCUCCCGUGUGGGUAUUUUUAUCUUAUGCGAUCCACUACAAUGGCGACUACGACUACUACAAAUCAUUGUCUUAUUUUAGGGGGGGGUACAUAGAUUACAAUCGGGUUCCAAAGGGUCGCGUGGGAUUUUCGCUAGCGUUGCGCACGAAGGGGAUUUGGAAGUACGAUCCGAAAAAGGAUGAUAUCUGGUUGUGGGAAUGGGGUUCAAUUCACCCUAGGCAGCGUUGCCAUCAAUGUCAACUAAUAAAGCGUCCACUUCCGGUGGAAUGCAAGGAAUGUCGUGGUUCAUCUGAAGCAGCUAUUUAUUGUAGUGAAUCUUGUGCCAAACGGGACAAGCAAAGACACCAGCUGACAUGCAACUGCUGGAAGGAGCAUGGCCCAAAGGAUUGAAGAAAUGUCCUAGCCCAAUGCACAAAACGGAUAUCAUUAACAAAUGUGGAAAUUUGUC